AUGAGUGGAACGGCAAUCAUGGCCCCGGCCGUCGAAAUCUCCUCCCUCUCUUUCUCUCGACGAUCCCACUCUUCUCCCGAUCUUCCGUCACUGCCAUCGCGAGCCAAGUCGCCCUCACUUGGCCAACCCAUCUCGACCGACCAUACAGCCUUGGAUAUGAAGGGCCUGGCCGAGAUCGCGACAUUUGAAAUACCCUCCUUCAGCUCCGACUUGGACCUCAAGCUCGACAUCUCUCUUCCGCUCGCUCUAGAGGCCAAGCUGCCCCCUUCUACUCUCUCCUCCGAAUAUGUCGACCCCAAACCCCCUUCUCCACCGACAACCUUGCAACAUCUACGCACAAAAUCUGCGGCCUCCUCCAACGAUGGGCCUCGCUCGUGGCUGCGCAGCUUGACCACCAUCCGCGAUACCCAGUACGAGGACGACGAGGACACCGCUCCCCCGUUCGACGAACCACGGCGGCCCGCUACAGCAAACGAAGUGCCCAUGGACAGCGACGAGGCAGCUCGCCGGGCGGCCCGCGACCGCUCCCAAUCCACGUCUGCGAGCUUUGCCAGCUUCACCAAGAGGUCGUGGAUUCCGUCGUCGCGCUCGCUGCCCAAAACCCAACCAGACGCCCCAGCCGCGACGAGCGUGAAGCAGGAAGCGAAGUCGAACCGCUACCAGCUGAAACGGGCUGUGACGGCCAGCAUCCAGGAUGUUACGACCAAUCAGACGAGCCAAACCCGCUUAGUUGACUCGGGUGCUAAGCCCGCGACAAAGGGUUUCGCUCGUGCCACCAGCUACUUCUCCAGGAUCAAGCAAAAACCCGCGUCCACGUUGUCUAAAACAAGUGACAGCAUUGGCUCCGAUUUUAGCUGCGCCUCGUCUGCCACCAGCUUGGCUCAGCCGGGCUCCAGCAGCAUCGACACGCAUGUCUCGCAGUCCACCUCUUCUGCAGAGACCAACUCCACGGCGCUCACCACCGAUGAGUCGUCGAGCGAAAUGCCAGCGCGCAUGCCCGAUCCCCUGUGGUCGCAGUUCAAGAAUUUGGACGUCGAGUUUCGCGGCUUCGCCUCAAAGGCCGUUGCCCAGCAGUGCGCUCUGAUCCAGUCCCUGUUUCUGCCCUUUCUCAAGAGCACCACCAGCCAGCAGUCACUUGGCGGUCUGCGGCCCGAAGAUGUCGACUGCAGGGCUUCCAUCCUCAACAAGUGGUGGGGCGGCGUCCUCGACAUGCUCGAGGUGCAACACCAACAGCCGGUCCCGGGCCUUGACCGGCAGCUGCUCUUCGAGACGGCAACCACCAUCAUGAUGCGGCUGGAGUGGCGCCAGGCGACGUCUUACUUUAUGCCCUUGUCGGAGCGGUCCCCUCAAGACCGGACGCGGCCGAGGUCGUCCACCAACUCAUCCAACUCGUCGCAGAGCUCAAACCAAUCCGCCAUGCUGGCAGAGUCGGCUGAGCACAACAUUAGGACCAUGUUUGUGUCCAACUUGGUGAGGCAGAUGGCCUUUGUCGUCGAAAAGAUGUCUCUCCGCCACGUGCCCCCAAGCUUGAUCGAGUUCGCCGGCAAGACGUGCGCAUACGCCUUCUUCUUCGCACCUGGCGUGUCUGAUAUCUUGGUGAGGCUUUGGGGGCUGACGCCUGACCUGAUUCGCCGUGUCGCCGAAAGCAUGGGCCUGGGUCGCAGCAGCAGCAGUGCGCCGGUUGACGGGGAAAUUACAGCCUCAUUCCCACCGAGGUUGAGUUCCUUGGCUUGGUCUUCGCCUCGAGGAAUGUGGAGCACUCUGAAACGCAUCCCAAAGAUGCCUUUGCUUGUGGCGAGAGUGCCAUGGACGGGACCCUGGGUGAUGCGGUGGAAAGGUCGCGAUACUGAUCUUCUCUUCAUCUUUUGCAGACACUUUCACAUAUUGUCCGACCAAUUUAUGCCUGAGGGCCUCUCUUUGACUGAAAAGGCACACUCGCCUGCAUUCGUUCUUGUUCACGCACAACUCUUGUCGAUUCUGGAUGGCACCAUCCACCGCCAGGCUACCUUUGAGCCUCAAGGCUCUGCCUUGGCUAACUCGGCUCGGGGAGCUGAAGCAGCAGCCUUGCAAAUGCCUAUGCCACCAAACAACAUGAUGAAGAGCAUGGCGGAAAAUAGACUGGUCGUGUUGUUAAAAGACAUUUUGUCAGAUAGUGCCUCUCUGUAUCCGGGGGCGAGACAUACAUUCGCCGAAGCCUUCUCUGCGCUGUUGAAAGCUGCUGCGAGCAGGACUUCUAGAUACAACAGCACCGCGUGCUCGACGCUGUGUGACUUAUUGGAGGAGGUUAUCCUCAUCUACCAUCGGGCUGAGACGGCUGAACACCCAACAUGUUAUAUUGACUGGCCUUUUUGGGUCGAGGUUUGCAAACUGGCCUUGACAUCGCUCAACACUCUUUCAGAAAUUCGAAUGAUUUCCUUCAUUUUUACGAUAUGGGAUGCCAUCGCCAAAGACCCCGAGCAGAAGAUGAUGGUGUGCCGCGACUGGCUGUUGACUGAAGAAACCUUUAACGCUUUCUUCAACAACUGGUGCCCGAUGGUGCGAGCGUAUUACAUGCGUCUUCUCUGCUGGAGAAUCUGUCGCGACCAGGGUAGCCAGAAUGACACAGACAUGCAAGUCGAAAGAAUCCUACCAGUAAAUAUUUUGCAACAGAAUCAAGGGCUAAUUAGUAUGUAUAGGGAAAUAUUCGCGCUGGUUUCAAAGAGGCUCAAGAGCGUUUGGUCGCAUUAUCUAUAUCUUCAGCAGGCUGCCGAGGAAGCUGGCCAACCAGGUCCCGCCACGGAACCAAUGUCGCCUACGCUGGGAAAGCGAUUCAUCAUCAUACGUCAGGAAAUCAGUGUACCCCAGCCGGGCCUAUUUGUGACAUUUGAUACCUUCACCAAGGCGUCAAGCAUAGUUUCGCCUACCAGCGACAGCAGCGCCGACGCAAGCCUUCUGGCUAAGAAUGACCCCAAGAAAAAGUGGUCUUUUUUCAAGCUACUAACAUUCGGCUCAACGGCCUCUCCUACCACCAAAACCACCACGGACUCACCAUCUACAGACGACGGACUUCAGAAUGCCCGCCGCGAGGUUGCAAACUCUCGGGCGCGACAGAACGCUUCUGCCAGCCCACCCAGGACGGCCAAAUCCGACAAGAGCGUGGACUCUGAUGGCUCGAACCCGGUCUUUGAAGAGCCCAAGUUUACCUUCAAGUUUGUUCUGGGCUGGCCGCAGCCCAACCAGCAGCCGUCUCCGAUAGACCGCAUUCUCGCACGCCCCAGACUCCCUACACCGGCCCAGGCCAGGCUUGGCUUCCAGGCAAAACGUGGGGGUGGCCCGACCCUCCCCCCACUCAUGAUACCCACGAGGAAGUUUUCUGGCAGUUCACAGGGUGGCUUGGUGCAAGCAGCAAGGAAUGCAAGCCCGCUUAGUUCGCCAGUCACAGAAUCUCGUCGCAAGUUAUCUCUCAGCGGCGGGGUAAUACCAGAAGAAUUUCCGCCUACUAGCGGCGGCUCCGAGACAAAUAGCGGCGCCUCAACGCCCAGUGAAUCCAGGCUUCUUCCUUCCCCCAUCGUCCACCUGACGCCGAACGAAGAAAGGCAGGGAGAGUCCAAGCCAGAGGCUGUAAAGCCCGCUGGCGCGUUUGUCAAGAACUUGGUCUACUCGGGACGUGCGUUGUCCGAGUGGAGUCUCGUGAUAGCGGAGUGCAACAACUUUGUUGAGCGCCGCCGCGACGAGGGCAUUGGCUCGCUGAGUGAAGUUGAAGUGCCGCUGCUUGGCGUCGAGGGAUUCCGCAAGAUGGGUGGCUAG